UUUCCCACUUCCCCUCCCCUCACCCGCGUGGCGAGGUCCCGCUUGCAGAUUUGAGGUCCUGCAGAGGGCGAUCCUCUUACCACUUUCUUCCCGGCUUUGCACUAGUUUAUGGGCCCCAGUCUGGUCACUUGUAGCCACAUCCUAUCAGGUGCUGCCAACUUGAGUUUGACCAGCCUGUGAGGACCUCUGCAGAGCUGAGCCUAUUUGUCACAUCCAGAUGACAUCUGGGACUGAGCAGGCAGGGUCUGGCCUUUUGGCCAUGAUUCCCAACCCUUGUCCUGAAAAAAUAGGCUAGGCAGGAAAUAGAAAUAGACUCUGGAAGGAUUUAGAUACGUUUAUAAGUUUAAAAGGUCCAGGACAAGUCUAAAUUAAGAAUUUAGAAUUUAUUUUAAUGACUGGUGUGAAGUAAGCAUUCAAUGGCUUUAUUUUCCAGUUGUCCCAACACCUUUCACUGAAGAGUCUACCCUCUCAUUUGAAAUGCUACCUUUGUUACAUAUAUUAAAUUCCCACAUAUAUGUGGAUCUAUUUCUGCACUCUAUUUUGUUCAACUUGCUUAUUUGUAAAUUCCAUGCUAAUAUCACUGUUUGCAAACAGGUCUGUAGGGGCACUGAGGCUUUCUUCCUCUCUUGGCUAAAGAAGAAAGAAGGGGCCCUGCAUGGGCUUUGCUCUCUGUUUGCGGGGCUUGAGUAUCCUGGGGGGGGGGUCCGUAUGUCCCCUUGUCCACCAGCUGCCUCCCUGGUGAAUCUCUGAAUGAGGCUGUCAAUAGUGGAGGCUGAAUGAGAAAACAUUGUCAUGCCCACACUGGUCACUCCUAAAAGAAAGGGGUGUAUAUUACUCAGAAGUUGAAAGUGAAAAGUGGUCCAGGGCCGUUAGAGUAGCCCUCAGUGUCCUAAAGCCUGUUGUGGCAAAGGGGUAAAUACUGAGAUUUGCUGAACACUCAAGGCCACAAGGACCUUAUCUGAGACUUAACAGACUGAGCUUAGGGGACCAUGAGAAUACCGCUGUGCUAAAGCUCCUUGAAUUUUGUGUGUUCAUUACCCCAGCCUGUACUGCCCCCUGGGGUGGGGCACUGGGUAAAGGAGUGGUGUUAUGGACAAGACUUUGAAGGUUGGACAGCCUUGGGCCUGAGAAUGUGGAGUGGGCCAGGGCCAAAGAGGUGAGAGGUUAGGUGUGAGGGUAAGUCCCUGUCUUAGGCUGACUUAGGUUGUUUAUUAAUAACUCAUUUUCUAUGGGGCUCUGAGCAGAGUCUUCGGGCUGAGUAGCUAAAUUGUGGUCUCAGUGUUCCUCUUUGAACUGGGGAUUGGGUAGGUGGGUGGGUGGCUUUAUAGCAAGUCCUGAAAUGCUGCUUGUAGCACAUUCCAACCCGGUCACUGGGAUAAAGGCACUCUCAGAGCUCCCCCCUGGUCCUUCUCAGGCUCAGUCUGGCCUGAACACCCUGCCCCAGAGAGUCCUCCGGAAGGAGCCUGUCACCCCCUCUGCGCUUGUCCUCAUGAGCCGCUCCAAUGCCCAGCCCACAGCUGCCCCUCUCCAGAAGGUGGUGGAGAACAACAGUCGGACCCCAAACUUCUCAAUCAGGCGUUCCUUCACAAUCGACGACUUUGAGAUUGGGCGUCCUCUGGGCAAAGGCAAGUUUGGAAAUGUGUACUUGGCUCGGGAGAAGAAAAGCCAUUUCAUCGUGGCGCUCAAAGUCCUCUUCAAGUCUCAGAUAGAGAAGGAGGGUGUGGAGCACCAGCUGCGCAGGGAGAUCGAAAUCCAGGCCCAUCUGCAGCAUCCCAACAUCUUGCGUCUCUACAACUAUUUCUAUGACCGGCGAAGGAUCUACUUGAUUCUGGAGUAUGCCCCCCGGGGGGAGCUCUACAAGGAGCUGCAGAAAAGCCACACUUUCGACGAGCAGCGAACAGCCACGAUUAUGGAGGAGCUGGCGGACGCUCUGAUAUACUGCCACGGGAAGAAAGUGAUUCACAGAGACAUAAAGCCGGAGAAUCUGCUCUUGGGGCUCCAGGGAGAGCUGAAGAUUGCUGACUUCGGCUGGUCUGUGCACGCCCCCUCCCUGAGGAGGAAGACAAUGUGUGGCACCCUGGACUACCUGCCCCCAGAGAUGAUUGAGGGGCGCACGCACAACGAGAAGGUGGAUCUGUGGUGCAUCGGAGUGCUCUGCUAUGAGCUGCUUGUGGGGAACCCCCCCUUCGAGAGUGCUUCCCACAACGAGACGUAUCGGCGCAUCGUCAAGGUGGACCUGAAGAUCCCCCCUUCCAUGCCUGCAGGAGCCCAGGACCUUAUCUCCAAGCUGCUCAAGCAUAACCCCUCAGAACGCCUGCCACUGGCUCAGGUCUCAGCCCACCCUUGGGUCCGGGCCCACUCCCGGAGGGUGCUGCCCCCCUCUGCCCUUCAGUCUGUCCCCUGAACUGUCCCUGUUAUUUUCUCAGUUGUGUCUGUAUGUCUGUAUAUGUGUAGUUAGGAGAAGCGGUCCCUGGCCUGUUCCCGCAUCUGUCUUCUACCUCCUCUUUAUCUAAUAAAGUCUGAAGCUUUUUGUACUGAUGAGUGUAGAUGUUUACAGGCAGAAAUUGCUGUGAAGGAAGCCGUCACCUGUGGGGAGGAGGCGGGGGAGUUGCCCAUGCCGGGUGCCAGGACUGGCAUUGCAUCACUGCCCCUGGGAGCACCCUGCCCUCUCAGCUCUAACCCCCACCUGGUCAGCUCCACCCCACCCCCAAGUCUUUUCUUUCCCCUGCUCUGACUCCCAGACCUGGGGAUGCUGGGGGCUUCAGCUCCACUCUGCUACGCCUGCACACCAGCCAUCUCUGCCCGCCUUCUCUUACUACUUGCUCUUAGUUUACCUCUAUUCUUUCUCUCUUCUGGUUCACUCCUGCCGACCCGGGAGCAACUGAACAUUGUUGUACCCAGAAGUUGUUUGUUUUUCCGCUUUGAUGAGGCUCUAGCACAGGAGUGAAUAGAAGCAGUCAUUGGCUCCUAACCUAAGGUUUAAGGUUUCACUGCUAGAUGCAUGAUGCUUGCUGUAGAUUUUUAAUACAUGUCCUUUAUCAGGUUGAGGAAGGCCUGGUCACUUCCUAGUUUGCUAAGGGUUUGGGCGUUUGUUUCAGGGUCAGCCGCAACAGCAUGCGGGAUCUUAGUUCCACGACCAGGGAUCGAACCCGCGCCCCCUGCAGUGGAAGCGUGGAGUCUGUUGGGGUUUUUCUGAAUGAAAAAUAGGUGUUGACUUUCACCUAAUGCUUUUUCUGCAUCUGUUGAUUAUUUGCUCUUUUAAGCCAUGUGGUGAAGAACAUCAAUAAAUGUUUUUAUUUUCA